UUCUAGGGUCCCAGCACCUAUGUAUGAGAGGAGGGUUCUGGGCAGGGUCAGUCCUGGGGAAAAUGCCCAGAAUCAAAUGACCAGACCAGGGAGAGCACAGGGCUAGGUGGCUAGAAGCCCUAAAGGAAAUCUUUGGUCAAUCCAAACCAAGUCAACAGGCAUUGAUGAAGGACCUACUGUGUGCCAGGGCAAAGAAAGACAAAACCAGUCCCUGCCCUCAAGCAGCUUCCAAUCUAAUGUUAUUGGUGUGUUCCAGGUCUAAGGAUAAUGGAGAACUCCUUGGGGCUCCUUCCAAAUGCUUCAGACAUCCUCUUCCCUGAGGAGCCUUCACCAUCUAUCAUUCACCAAACCUUCUGGACCAUCGCUCUCAUCAUCGACUGUUUAGUCUUUCUGCUGGGCAUAACUGGCAAUGGGCUGGUGAUCUGGGUGACAGGCUUCCGGAUGACUCGCAUAGUCACCACUGUCUUGUUCCUCAACUUGGCCUCAGCUGACUUCGCCUUUAUUGCCUUCCUGCCCUUCAUCAUCAUCACUACAGCCCUGCAACCCCAUUGGCCCUUUGGUUGGUUCCUCUGCAAACUCAUUAGCUCCCUGCCUGUCUUUAAUAUGUCUGCCAGUGUCUUCCUGCUGACACUCAUCUCUCUUGACCGCUGUGUCUCUGUCCUCUGGCCAGUGUGGGCCAGGAAUCACCACACACCUGCCCGGGCAGCCAUGGCUGCUGUAGGGGCCUGGAUUUUUGCCCUGGCUAUCUCUUUCCCAACAGUCAUCUUCCAGACUACAGACACAGAGGAUGGGAAAACCUUUUGCUACUCUGACUUGGACCCCUGGAAUGAGACAGGAGCUGAUGAAGCCCUGUAUGAUGCCCUGGCUGAGAGCCGCCUCUGGUCCCUGGUGCUCAGCCGAUUCUUCCUUGGUUUUGUCAUCCCUCUAGUCAUCAUCAGUGUCUGCUAUGGCCUUAUAGCAGCCAGGCUCUGCAGUGGAAUGAAGAUGGUCAAGUCCAGUAGGCCCUUCAAGGUCCUCACAGCUGUGGUGACUGCCUUCUUCCUCUGCUGGCUCCCUUAUCAUGUGAUGUCUAUGAGGGACAUCACAUGAUGUCCAGGGAGAUGUUCAGGGAGAGACUCCUCAGAACCCUGCCAGCUGCCCUGGAGCGGGCUCUC